AUGGAAGCUCGGCUCAGCACGUACAAAACGGGACACGGGCCUGAAGAGCUCUUCAGCGAGAGCCUGGAGCAGUUCUGGCACACAGACGGAAACCUGCCGCACUACAUUGAAAUAGAAUUCCACGAGAUAAAAAGACUCGCAGAAAUAAAAAUGAACUUGGGGCACACGCAGGACAAGAGCUACAUCCCGAAGGAGAUAGAAAUACGAUGCGGAAAAACAAGAGAUACCAUCGAAGUGCUAAAAACGGUCUUGAUAAGCGACAAAAUGCCCGUAGUGAACAUAUCGAUAAACGAGGACUGCUGCUAUCUCCAAAUAAUCAUCCUCAGCAACCACCAGGAGGGCAGAGACUCCAGAAUAAGAGGGCUUACACUGUCGUUCCAAGACUGA